UUUACCGGAGGUACCACAUGGUUUUGUUUUGAAACUUUCUUCAAAGAUUACUUAGCUUAUCAGGGUUUUAGCAUCAUGGGAUUUGACAGAGGUGGUGGCAGGGGUGGAGGCCGAGGAGGAGGAAGAGGAUUUGGUGGUGGACGUGGAGGUGGUGGAUUUAGAGGAGGUAGAGGAGGAGGAAGAGGUGGUGGAGGAGGGAGGUUUCAACAGGACUAUGGACCACCAGAAUAUGUCAUUGAGAUUGGCACUAUGGAACACACAUGUGAGGAUGACCUUGUCUGCAGAAAUACCAAUGAGAAAGUACCAUAUUUCAAUGCUCCAAUUUAUCUAGAAAACAAACAACAAAUUGGCAAAGUAGAUGAAAUAUUUGGGUCCAUUACAGAAUCUUAUUUUUCAGUAAAAUUAUCAGAUGAUAUGAAAGCAAAAUCAUUUGCCAAGUUAUCUAAGUUCUUUAUAGAUCCAGCCAAACUAUUACCAUUACAAAGAUUUUUACCUAAACCUCCAGGCUCAGCUGGGAAAACAAGAGGUGGUGGUGGUAGAGGAGGUGGCAGAGGUGGUGGGGGAUUCAGAGGAGGAAGAGGAGGUGGACGUGGUGGUGGUGGUGGAUUCCGUGGUGGUGGCGGAUUCCGUGGAGGAAGAGGAGGAGGUGGUGGUGGAUUUAGAGGACGAGGAGGUGGAGGAGGUUUUAGAGGUGGUCGAGGACGAUAAAACAGAAUUAAAUCUUAGAAGAACUGUAUUAAUUAAACCUGUGCAAUUAUUUUGUACAAACAAGACAUAUUUUUUAUGAAUGAGUCUACUCAGAUUUUGUGAAUUACAAAGAAGAUUAAACAUUUUAUGAAGGAGUGAAGAACAACAGCUUGUAUUUGGGCAUGAAUUAUGAUACCAUUGACUGAGGAGUGGAAAUUUUAUAAUUUCUAGCUCCAGUCUAGUGUAGGCAAUUUUUCUAAAAAGAUUGUUUUAUUAUAUUAAUUUGUCUCAGUCAAUUUUAUAAAACAGAAUGAACUACAUAUCCAUUGGAGUUUCCACUCUGUAAACUUGUCUGAAUGAUCUGAAAAUAUCGCUAGAAGAUAAAUUGAAACGUUGUUUGUUUACCACUUAGCAUUUUUCCUUGUGUACUGAAAAAGGGAUCUUGGAAGAUAUUUUAUAUUCAUCCUGAUUUAAUGUUUUUACUUCAUCACUCAAGUACUAUUUAUGGUUUUGAGACUUUAUUUUGAGCGAGUCAUUUUUUAUCAUUCAUAUAUAUUGUUAAAAUUAGUAAUCAUGAUCACUGAAUUCUGUAUUUUUGUUUGUUUAAUUGUCUGUUGGUUAGUGACAUGUACCAUUAAGCUCCUUGCACUCAUAUGAUCAAUCUGCAUGUAGGUAGUUUAAAAGAGAAAAGGUCAUUUCGAUGAUGUGGUCUUUCCAAUGGGCUUUAAUUAUUUGUCCUGAAUUUUUUAAUUGUAGAAGAUGACCAUCUAUCAACAUUUUAGCAGCUAAAAAAUAUUUGAAUUCAUUUAUCAUAUUAUUACUAAUGUACACACAUUGUAAUAAAAGUGUACAAUAUUAGA